AUGGUGGCUGAAGCAGAGGUUGUGUGUCAGCAGAACGUGGGUGUGCUGGAUUUGAAGCAUUUUCCAACCAAGGGAAGCGAUGUUCACGAGAUCGGAGAUGUAGAUGCUAUUUCGCCUCCGAGUUUUGACCGAGUUCGUGCGACUGAGUCGGUCUCCGCCGAGUUACUCACUUCACAAGAAGAUGUUAAGUCUACAGACAGGAUCUUAGAUGCUGCUCUUGAAUCUGCGGUUCUGAAGUUUAUACCUUGCCUCCGUUCAGGUAGUUUUGCUGAUAUUGGGCCACGGAGAUACAUGGAAGAUGAACAUAUAAGGAUAGAUGAUUUGUCAUCUCAUCUGGGAUCACUAUACAACUUUCCCAAACCAAGUGCCUUUUAUGGGGUGUUUGAUGGUCAUGGAGGACCUGAAGCUGCAGCUUAUAUUAGAAAAAACGUGAUAAAAUUCUUCUUUGAAGAUGUCAGUUUCCCACAGACUUCUGAAGUCAACAAUGUAUUUCUGGAAGAGGUAGAGGAUUCCCUCAGAAAGGCGUUUCUUUUGGCUGAUUCAGCUUUGGCCGAUGAAUGCAGUGUGAAUAGUUCAUCAGGCACCACGGCUCUUACUGCUUUGAUAUUUGGAAGGCUUCUAAUGGUGGCCAAUGCUGGCGACUGCCGAGCGGUUCUCUGUCGCAAAGGAGAGGCCAUUGACAUGUCACAAGACCACAGGCCUAUUUAUGCAUUAGAGCGGAGGCGUGUUGAAGAAUUGGGUGGCUACAUAGAUGAUGGUUAUCUCAAUGGGGUUUUAUCAGUUACUCGAGCACUAGGGGACUGGGACAUGAAGUUACCUAAGGGCGGUCCUUCACCUUUGAUUGCAGAGCCUGAGUUCAGGCAAGUGGUUCUAACAGAGGAUGAUGAAUUCCUCAUCAUAGGAUGCGAUGGCAUCUGGGAUGUCAUGUCAAGUCAACAUGCAGUUAGCCUUGUUCGCAGAGGCCUGAGGCGGCAUGACGACCCGGAGAAAUGUGCCAGGGACCUGGUUAUGGAAGCAUUACGCCUGAACACAUUCGAUAAUCUCACUGUGAUCAUUAUAUGUUUUUCUUCCCUUGACCACAUGGAGCCAGAACCAUCCCCUCCUCGCCAACGGAAAUUGAGAUGCUGUAGCCUCUCUGCAGAGGCUCUUUGUAGCUUGAGGAGCCUGUUGGAAGGCAGUGCUAGCAACUGA